AUGGCCUCUUUUUUGUGUCUCGUACGCUUUCGUGACGAAAACGGCGACGUUCACUUCGGCGAAGCCGGCCUAGCACCCUGCCACUCCCAGGCGAUUCUCGUGGGGCGUAAGGUUCCUGUGUUCCGCGGCAAGGAGCCGUGGGACUCCGACUUCGUCUUGACUGAAGAGGAGCACACGAUUCAAGAGGUGCUUAGCCCCUUGGCCCGCACGCCCAUUUUCGAAUGCAUUGGUCUGAACUACAAGCAACACGCAAAGGAGGCAAAUACCUCCUAUGGCGAGUAUCCAACGGUCUUCACGAAGCCCCCAGAUGCCAUGGCUGGCCCCUACGAGGAUAUUCCCAUCCAUCCGUCAUGUCUCCACCUAGACUACGAAGCCGAGCUGUGUGUCGUGAUCAAGAAGGACUGCAAGAAUCUGACAGAGGCCGACGACAUCACCGACUACAUCCUAGGCUACACGGCAGGGAAUGACGUGUCAUCCCGCUGGUGGCAGAUGCCGGCUCGGUCAAACAACCAGCACGGAGUGGCCAAGUCUUUUGACAAGUUUGCGCCAUUAGGACCGGUGCUAGCUUCGCCGCGUGCUGUUCCCGAUCCUAAAAAGCUACACAUGGAGUGCUUUGUCAAUGGCGAGCGGCGGCAAGAGACGGGCAUCGAUGACCAGAUCUACGACAUCAGUACUGUUCUGCGCCAUCUAUCACGGGGUAUGACACUACGUCGUGGGACCGUCAUAAUGACCGGGACUCCCAGCGGCGUGGCCGCGUUCAGGCAACCGCCUGUGUGGCUGCAGCACGGCGACGUUGUGACUGUGCGGAUCGAUGUGAUUGGGGAGAUUUUAAAUCACAUGGCCUUCGAAAAUAAAUAA